CGAGGGAGGUAUUCGCGAUAGUGGAACUCGAAUCGCGUCUCAGUGUGCUAGACGCCGACGCUACGACGCGCGCACCGGCAACCGCCUUUGUCUCCUACAACACCACGAAAGAUCCGGAGAGCUAUCCAAGUUUGAAUAUGUCCGACGACAAUUCACCAGUAGUUGAGGAGCAGAAGAAGAAGCGUGGAAGGCCCGCGAAAUCGGAUAAAGGUGCUGUCAAAGAGCCCAAGAAACGUGGCAGAUCAGCAGUAGAAAAAACCAACAAUACACCACGUCCACCAAAAUCUGAUAAUGAAGAUGAUGCACCACCUGGUCCAGUCAAGAGGGGACGAGGAAGACCUAAAGGUUCCCAUAAAAAGAAGGGUUCGCCGAAAUCAACUGCUCCAUCAUCAGGACGUGGACGUGGAAGGCCCAAGAAGGUAGAAGAAAAACCAGAAAGUACUGGUGAGGAAGAGGACGAGCAGGAAGAUGAGGAGGAUGAGGAAGAGAAUUGAACUGAUUGAAAAAAAAUUAUUCCAACUUUAUGGUCUUCACGAACUUGAAGUCCCUAUCAUCAACAUUAAACAAAGAACAAAUCAUUUUUUGCCUGAUUCUGCAUUACGUCCUCUUUCUAUUAUUUUAAUUUAGCAUAUUUUUUCUAUGAUUUGCACUAUUUGGUAAAGUGAUGAAAACCCGUGUGACGAGUAGAGACAUUUAAAGAAAAAAAAGAAAAUUGUAAGUUUUUAAAAAUUAAUCAUAAGAUGGCCAAUUUAAUCAAGUGAAAGUUGGGAAUAAAAAUACUAACCAAGAUCAGCUAAGAUUGGUGUAUGGGAAGAGCAAACUUGUUAAUGAAUUUUACUCUCAAUAAGACAAUAGUUCAAUGCACAGUGCGUCGUAUUUUCUCCAUUUUUUUUUAAGUAUUAUUUUAUAAAUGAACAUUUUGGACGUAAUCAGAUGACAUUAAAAAGUCCAAUUGAUUCGAUUUAUGAAUAGUGAAGAAAACAUACGACAACUUAUGAAUGGACAGAAUAAGAAGCAUUAAAAUACAUUUGAAAAUAUAUCAUGAGUUUUGUAGUAAUUUUUCUCCUAUAGCUUUUGCUGAUUUUUAUGAAAAACUCGAAUUAAAUUAUCUACUCGUGCACACUAAUGGUAAUCUCCGAAUGAGCGAAGUAAAAAUUCCAGUUGAAUUACAUCCAUAAAACAGACUAUUCCACAAUGGUAAAAAUUGAAUACAACAAUUAUUCAGAAUCCAGUGUUGAGGAAUUCUAUUCUUAAGGACGAUAAUAAGAGAAAUUUGAAAAAAAAUGUUUUUAAAAAUGAAAAGUAGUACUCUAAAAGGAUACUCUCUUGUAUGUUAUAAAAGCGUGAAAUCUAUUUCUACGUAUUGCAAUUGUCAAACAAAUAAAAAGAAGAGGAACAGAAGAGAAUGGAAAUAAAAAUGUAAUAACUACGUAAGCAAAUGGACACCAGACUCCCGUUUCUGAGGCAGAGCAACAUUGUGUGAAUGUAAAAUUUGUAUUAAAGUAAAUAAAUUCAGAAAAUACUCUUAUUUAA